AUCAAGCACCUAGGCAUGCAGACUGCUUCUACAAACAUUUGUGUAAGAAUGGGUCUCUCUCAGGAGCUUAAUGAAUUCAAGCAUGGUACCGUGAUAGGUUGCCACCUGUGCAAUAAGUCCAUCCAUGAAAUCUCCUUGCUACUAAAUAUUCCACAGUCAAGUGUUAGUGGUAUUAUAACAAAGGGGAAGCAACUGGGAACAGCAACUCAGCCACAAAGUGGUAAGCCAUGUAAAAUGACAGAGUGGGGUCAGCACAUGCUGAAGUGCACAAUGCACAGAAGUCACCAAUUAUCUGCAGAGUCAAUAGCUAAAGACCUCCAAACUUUGCGUGGCCUUCAGAUUAGCACGACGACAGUGUGUAGAGAGCUUCAUGGAAUGGGUUUCCAUGGCCGAGCAGCUGCAAUCAAGCCUUAUAUCACCAAGUGCAAUGCAAAGCGCCAUGCCGCCACUAUAUUCUAGAGCAGUGGAAACGAGAACGGUGCUUGCCUGACUGUAUUGUGCCAAGUGUAAAGUUU